CGUUUUAGAAAACGAUUGAAAACGAAAAAAAAACGAUCGUUUUCAAAAACAAUUAACAACCCUACCUACAGAAAGUAUUAUUAUACCCAUUUCAGGUUACUAGACUGUUUGCCAUUAUUAUGGUAUCUGAAGCCAUUAGAUACAUGUUUGGAAAUCAGAUAGCUCAGUUUUCCUGUCCCUUAAGGAUUGUCUUACUCAGACUUUGGAAGAAGAGACAUUGAUCAUCUAAAUAUUGAAAAUUUUCUGGAUACCAACCGAAAUUACGGACCAUACCUGAGGGUUGAUAUCUUCCGUAAUCCAUCACAGAUGGAAAUCCGACUUUCAAGACAGAACAACUGGAACUUUCAAAGACUGAACAUUUUCAAUAUUCAGCAGACAGGCUUUCCUCGGUUAAAUGAGCAGGAUCUGCGUGAGAUCUGGGGUGGAUCUUAUGGGCCCAAGCAUGUUCAAGGCUAUUUAACAGAAAUGAGAACUCAAAUAUCAAAGGGGAGACAGUACCAAGGAUUACGCCAGUUUCAUGUUAGCUGUGAAGGUCAACUCUGGACCUGGGAAGGUGUAUCCUUUGAUCAGGAUAAUCCUCCAGCAAGAUGGCAUGGUAAUGGAUGGGAUGGCGCUAGAAUAAUAAAGGCAAAUAUCCUAUCCAAACACACCAGUAACACUACUCACACUGCUGUGGUUUGUUUUGUUCCUGAAGGGAAAAUCUGUGCCAAUCAAACUUUUCAGUAUUCAAAUGACAAUUUGAACAGAAUAAAGAUGUGGGUAUGUGGACCUAGAAAUAGGGCUGGAUGUAAACCAGGGGCCAGGACUGUAUGUCCCUGUCUACACUGCUUUUCUCUUAUAGCUAUUCUUGGCCUGUACAGCCAUAGCCCCCUUCUACAGGGUACUACCCACAAGAGAACCAUUAUUGUAGAUCCUGGCAAUGGUCUACCCGCUCAACAUUUCUUCAUAUAAGAGUUGUGAAUCAAUUUUUUUAAUACUU